CCCCAACCUCCAUCCCCUUGGGCUUGGGUCUCGCGAUUUCUCGUGUUAACAUGCGAGAAAAUCGCCAUUUUGAUACUUCCUAUUCGUAAUGAAAAUGAGCUACCCACCCGUGUCAUUGUAUGUUCCAUCAUGAAAUCUGUAACUACGUCUGUCAUUGGAUAAGACUUCUCAAGCAAUUUUGGCUGCUUGUUAAGUAGCCAGGAAAAUGCCGCUGACAAAACGCAUUAUUGAACCGGUCAACAUCAGCCGGGUUCAUGUACCUUCACAGAGCAUCCGCAAUGAGCUGGAGUGUGUGACAAACCACACACUUGCGAAUGUGAUCCGUGAGCUCAGUAGCCUGAGCAAGCAUGCAGAAGAUAUGUUUUGCGAGUUAUCACAAGAAACCAUAGCUGUCUUCAGUCGAGCCACACAGCUUCAGCGUCGCAUAGAAGAUGUGCAAGAGAAAGUUACACAGUUGAAUGCAACAGUUGAAGAAGUAAAUCUGCAGGACAUUCACUUGAGAAAGCCCUUUAAGAGCUCUGUGAUGAAGGAACAGCAGGUCAUCUCGCGCAGUACUAUUCCUCGCUCCAUCCUUGACAUCUACAGCAAAUGUGACACUCCACCAGCACUUGAUAAACUAAACACGUUCAGGGAGGAUGGAAAAGACAGUAUGAAGUUCUACACAGAUCCCACCUAUUUUGUGGAGUUGUGGGUACAGGAAAUGGACAAGCAAAUCCAGGAGAACAAGACUGAACUCAGCAAAAAGCGUGAACGACGACGAAGGCCUCGUACACAUGUAGAGCAGAGAAGACCACGGGAGAUUCAAAACAGCAAAGAGAAAUGGAAGCAGCAAGCACAGGGAGUGGAAUUCUCAGAUUAUCAGGUGGGUAAUGUUCAUGAGCGUAUUCAUGGACAACCGAAGGAAGUGCAGAAUAUGAGGGACACCGCUGCGCUUCCACAACCUGGUUCCCAGCUCCAUCCUGACCAUCAGGUGCAGCCUAUAUCUCCUCGGCCAGCCUCACUCAAAGUUAACCAUGCUCCACAUUCUAAUCAGUACCAGCAUUCAAACCAGACACAACCGCAGUACAUUGAUGGCCAUGAGCCCAUAGCUAAUGGGCCUUACACGCAGCAGUACUCAAAUUUUCCGCAGGGCACAGAGCUUCCCAGCAACCACUACAAUCCUAUGCCACCAUCUCAGAUGGAUAUCCAACACAAUGCCAGUGCAGUCCCUAUUGGCUAUCCCAAUCAUGAUGCCCACACCACUUCGUCGGCCAAUGCUCCUUAUUCCCCUGAACACUCACGUAACCUGCACAAUAACAGGCAGUCAAACCUGCGUAAUCUUGGUAGUCCUCAGGGCCGACCUUCUGCACCCCCACCUGCUCCUCCACCUAUACGGGGGCAGAGUCCAGGGUCACGAGAAUCUCUUCCACCUCCUCCACUACCACCACCUCAACUGGAGGACCAGCAGGUCACAAUCCAGCAGUACCCACCUCCUCAGCCCCCAAGUCUGCCAGAAAGCAUGGGUUCUCCUGGUAUGAAUAGGGUUCAGAAAGGCUCUCAGCGCUCCUCUCCAGCUCGGCAGCCUCCGGUGCAUUCAUCCUCACCACUGCGUGCAACUCCAGAACAACUCCCACCACCCCCGCCUUCUCCUCCACCACCCAUCUUAGAUGGACUGGUGACAGACGCUUAUACACACUUACCACCACCACCUCCAUCCCCUCCCAUGAUACCCCAGCCCAUUGCUGAACCACCUCCACCCCCACCACCACCGCCUCCCCUUCCCCCACCACCGCCACCCAUGUUUCAGGGCAUUAUGAAUGGGCCUGCAGACCAAGUGGACUCCGCAUCUGUGUCCUCAGGUUCCACUUCCACUGGUGGUCGUGAUGACCCCAAGCAGGCGCCACAGGGCACUGACCGUAGUGCCUUGCUAGCAGAAAUCAUUCAAGUGGACAGAAACAAGCGUCUUCGAAAAGUUGAGGCACGGGAGGAGAAAAAGAAGCAGUCAUUUGCUGGAGGAUUUGACAUUCAAGCUUUGAUGGAAAGAGCACGAGAUAUGCGUCGGCGAGUAAUUGAGGAUAGUGACGAAGAAGAGGAUGAUGCAGGGUCUGCAGAGGAGGACAAUUGGGAGUCAGACUGACAAAACAGCUGUUGAUAAAUAUGGAACAAAUCUGACCAUGUUUGCUGUUUUGACUUCAGAUGUGAACUGACAGCAAGCACAGAAGUGGACCAGGAUCUGUGAAAUUUUCAGGUUAUAGAGAUCUGGCCAGCCUAUAUCUUUGUUUGCAAGCUGACCUUACUUAAUCCAAUACAAGUCAAAGUGUAUACAAGUGUUAUAUCUGCUGUCUGAGUGAACUAGCUUAACUGAAGCUAAAACUGGAUGGAGACGAGGUGCCACUUGAGUCGGUCACAUGCAGUAAAGCUUAUAUGAUUUUGAAUGAAAAGAAAAAUGCCAUUUGGAAGAGUGUCUGAGUCCAGAUGUCUGAUAACUAGUAAGGACAGCUGCUGUGCUCACUUGCCUUCACUCAAUCCAAGGUUUAUGCAAGCAUGCCCAUGUGUCACUGCCAGGUGUGCACCAGCAGGUGGCAUUAUAUGUUCUUGAUGUUGGCAUUUUAUUUAUAUCUGAAUAGUUGAUAAUAGAAUGCAAGAUAAUAUUAGCUACAAAGUGUUUGAAGACAUCCAGUAACCUCGUGGGAUAGAAGAAGAAUGUUGAUGGGUUUUUUUUUAAGAUGCCAAUUAAGUCAGUUGGUUCCCUCGACUCAUACUUGUGCUUUUCAAGUAUCUGACAGAGUUUCAGUUUAGUGAGCAGCCUCUGAAUUUUUUCUUUAUUUGUUUCCAUGUUUUCUUCUUUCUCUAAAGAGCUAAGUGCAUGACUAAAAAGUAACCAGAAAAGUGAAGUCAUUGGAGUGGGUGGGGGUGAAACAGAAAAACAGCUAUUGAGAGAGACCAACAGCUACCAGCACUUAGCAGUUGUAACUUUCACAACAAUGAAAGGUCUUUGUGUGAAACGCAUGCUUUUCUUCAGAUUUGUGUGGUUUCUUUUUUCAUCUUAUGUUUUGGAUAUGCAGAUGGCAAGAAUAUUGGUUUGCAGUUUCUCUCACUCCAUCUGUUUGGAGUAAAAUGGCUGCGUGUCAUUUUGUUGUUGCAGAAUGUCUGUUGUGAUGUUCUGCUGUAUGAUUGUGAUCAGAGACUGCACAGAAUGGCAGGUAACCAGAGGAGAGCAUUUUGAAAAUGUCUAAAGUACUUCUUACUGACUUUGUUGGGCAUUUCCUGGUUCAUGUUUCUGUUAACUGUAUCGAGCGAGCUACAGGAACUCAUGAGUAUCAUUUGUAAAACUGGUAGUGUGUAUGGGAUAGAGCAGUGUAUAGGGGAUAGAGUAGUGUGGUCAGAAGUUUUAGGUUGGAUACAGCAGUUAUAAACCUGCUAUAAUGUCUUGAAACAAGAAUGUAUUCAGCUUUAGCUUGCUAGGGCAUAAAUGUGUGCAAUUGUAGAUGAUAAUUGUGAUUGAUAAGAGUUGUCUUCUCUGCAAAGAAUUGCUCUUAGUAAUGGAUAUGUGGCUGUUUCAUGGGACUCAUGCUCUCUUCUGCACGGUUACAGGCUUGUGGUGAAAGCUGGAUGCAGAGGAGAAAUAAUAGCCUUGAUUCUCCCCAUCCAGCUUCAAAACUUUCAACGCUAUUGCCUUCAACCAUCCUGUAUUUGUCGUGUUGCUCUGAUUUAUAAUCCUCUGAUUGAAAUCACACAUGCACUGCUAGGCUAUGUGGAAUCAAGUAAGUUAAAGCGUGUGCCAUGUAGAUAAAAUAGCACUUGUUAAAGGUGAUACUGUUGCAGCUGCUGCUAUACAUAUAAGUGUAGCAAAGUAACAACACUUGUAUAAUUGUGUAUUGUCUUGUUCCCAUAUUAUCAGGUGCAAAACUAGUUUUCAAUCAAAAGUUUCUAGAGUCCAGCUUUGGCAUUACUGCUAUGCACAGACUUAGGCUAUUGACUGCAGGUGAUAAAACAAAAGGCAAAUGAGGAUUACCAGAGAGUGUAAUGUUUAUAAGAAAAAAAAACCUUUAUUUUGUAGCGAAGCUUUAAUAAUUUACCUUAUAUUAUUUCAGUGGAUGUUAAAGAUCUUUGCACUUAAGAUUGUUGGGAAUAUUUAAAAAGUUUAGUUUUGCUUUCUGUAUUUUGUUGGCUUCUGCAAACAAUAAUAAUUUGCAUUAUAAAUGAUGAUGAUACUACUUGUGUUCCAUAAUAUUUGCUCCACAAACCUGUUUACUUGCUAUAGACAAGUUUAUCUGGUGUAUUAUGUUAAUCAGAAGUCAUAGUUUCUAGACAGUAGGAUAUGUUCUAUGAAAUGUUUCCAAGAACAGUAGUUCUUGUAACAUCAAGAAUUGUUUGACACAUCAGCAACAGGUCUGAUCGUGCCUGGCUUGCCUUUGGUAAACAUGGUAUUCUCUCAUUUAGAGAGUGAAAUAAUAAAUGUUCUGUGUGUGUGUGGGUAGAUAGGGUGUGUGUGUGUGAGGGGGUAGAUAGGUGUGUGUGUGUACAUUGGGGUGCAAUGAAUGAGUGCAGCACACAUUUUAAUCUAUUGAUUUAAAACUUUAUUAUUAUCAUCUUUCAGUGCAGCAGUUUGUAUGCAUGUGCAUUCUUUUUGAUAUUGUAUAUUGUACAUAUUUCUGCCGUUUUCUACCAAAUAUUAGGAGUAGUAAAUACUUUUGUCUUGAUCUCUUUGGAGAUGCUAUUCAUGCCAUGGGUCGUUUAGGGUCAUCUCACUGUACUCUUGUCUUUAUUGGUUGAGACAGCUGGACUGUUGCCCCAAUGCGGCUUUUUUAAAAUCUCUGUAACGAUCUGUCGGGAAGAUGGAUCAGGUCAUAAUUAUUUUGUAAGUUGCUGCUUUUUUUCCUUUGAAAGGGAGAGCAUUUUUAUUAACAGUAUGAUUAGAAUAAAGAAUUAAGCCAGAACUGUUGACAACAGUUGGCAAAUUUUAAAAAGAUUAUAAAUACUCAUGGAUUGAUUAAGGAAUAAAAAUUUGUCUGGUAUUGUUUCUUGAAUAGAUUUGUGCACUCACAGCAUGGAGUGUGAGUUUUCUCUGGUUCUGGCUCCUGCUGGUAAGAAAACAAUUGUUGUAGAAGAUGCGAGGGAAGAGUCUGUGAUAUUGUGGGACAUACGGUUGGUCUUAAAAGGGCUACACCUGUAGAAGACUUUAAGAAAAUUAUGUUAAAUAUUAGUUAAUGUAAUGAAUUUAGAGCAUACUCUAGAUCUUGGCUAUUGCUUAUACAUAUAUCAGUAUGUGAAAUGAAUAAUUCAUUGUCCAGGACUUUUUUUCACUUAGAAGCACUUAACCCAAAUCUUUGAGACAAUUUGGGUGAAUAAAAUUCAGUUGUAUUUUAUAAUUUUUCAUAGAAGUUAGUAAAAGAAGUUGUUUAUGAUUUUAAAAUUGUAAAAUAUUCCUCGAAGAAUGAGCAAGAAGAAAUGCUUAAUAGGAUGUUAUUUGGAAAUGUCUCAUAUUCUGAUGCUAUGGAGCAUGUUGCUGGUUUCAAGUUCACUUGGUCAUGUGACUGCAAAUCUUUUCUUGCCCUUCCUGCUGUGCUAAGUCGCUGAUUUUGAUCAGGGAAGGUAAAGGACAAUGAAAGGUUAGAGAAGAAUUUCACUUUUUCAUGCCAAGACAUAGUGAACAUAGUUCCCACAGAUGCUACUUGCUGUGGGACCUUGGCCUUUUAUUGAUUGUAUGAAGGCAGGUGCCAUAGCAUACACUUAUAACAAGUUUGUCUCCUUCAAAGACAAGGUAUUUAAAAGUAAACUUAAGAUCUGGGGGUAAAGAGCUGGGUCUUAAUAUUACAGGCAUUGAAGAGGAUGCUCUAGGCUAAAUGAAUUGUCACAAUAUUUAUGUACUAGCUGUCUUUUUGUGAGUGGUGAUGAAAAUAAGGGGAAAAAACUUGUAAAAAAUGUCCCUGUAUCUUUAGCACAUCUUGUCCCCACAUUUUUAUCUCACCUCUUAAAGAUCUGCAUCUCAGUUUCUGGCUUUGGGAAUUCUGUAAUUGUGCAACAGAAAAAAAGUCUUGAUUUUAGCUGUGGUUGCAACUGAGUUUUUGUCAUUUAUUGUAAAAUAUUCAGGAUGGCAUUAGUUUUGUAACUACAAAGAGAACAACUGUACUUUAGCUGGUUGAAUUGUGUGGUCACUCAGAAAGAAAAAUUGUUUUACUCUGCAUUUCUGAUAUACAGUUCCCAUUCAAAUUUCAGAUUUUGAUCAUAAAAAAAGUGUUGCAAGUGGUGUGGCUUUGUUGUAAAUAGCUAGUUAACAUCCGUCAGAAUGUGCUGACUUUGAUUUUGAUUAGAUUUUUUUUUUAAAUUGAUCGGUCCAUGGGAAUCAUGGCUAGAAGUUACCAUAUUUCAAACAUCAACAUUCAUUUGAUGUUUUUAUUUUCCAACAGUUUUAGGCCUCACACAGUAUAGCUUACUUAGCAACUGUAGGGAGGACUACAGGCAAACAAAGCACUCUAAUGGGUAUAGUGAGAACCUAGGAUAAAUGUGAUAUUGUGAAGUGCAGUAACUCACAUCUGACAAACUCCUAUUGUUGCAGGCUUUGUGAAUCUUGGCUGUGAAACAGUGUUCUGGAGUUGAGUGAAAGGAAGUGUGAUAUUUAUGUUCGACAGACAUGGUUUUCAGCAAAUACUGAGUGAAUUCAUCGAGCUGGAACAUCUGGUGAACAGGUUCUGUGGGAGUGUUGGAUAUAUUUUGAAUAUCAUUACUAAAGCCAUGCACAUCUUCGUGCAUUUGGGUGGCCUGCAUUCAUUGUUUUGGGUAGAAUACUUAACUAAAACAACUAUGUUUUGUAAAAUUUCAAAAAGAAAGUUUUGCUGCAUUCUUUACUAUCAGCUUCAUGCAUGUGGGUAAGAUAUUUCAAGUAAACACAUGCACCUGCAAAAGUCUUUUCACUUGGCAUAACUACUGUUCAUACCUUGCCUACAGUGUACCGGCUACAUCUCUUGUCCACAUGGCUCAGUCUUGGACCAGACACGGCUCAGUGUGUGUGCCGAUUUUAGUGCGUUGGACUGCAGGACCUCGGCUAGUAGUCUGCGGUCUCUCAAAGUGUAUAUCUCAGAAAGAGGAGCAGGUUACUGUCAAAGCACUUGUUUGCGCUCGUUGUCUACUUAGAUUGUGGACACGUUUUGUAGGGUCCUGGGAUGACUUGAGGAUAACGGGGCAGAUUAGUUGCAUACAGAUGAGGAAGCGAAGGUUAGCGGUUGUGCCAGGGACGAGUUUAUUGUAGUCGCCAUGGUGACGGGCAAGAAGACUGACACUCCCUGCCUCUCUGGCCAGGAACCCGAAAAUAUGGUCCAGCCCUCAGUACUCUCAUCACUCACCUUCCCUUCCAAAUUGAAUUCGGGUGCCAGAUUGGGGAUUUGAACCUGACCUGCGGGUUCCGCCUGUUGACGUUUACUGUCUGGUGCUUGGUGUUGCUACAAACUGAUGUUUUGUGUGAAUACUGCAUUACCGUGUGCGUGCAUGUUGGCGUGCAUUGCAUGUACGUGUUUACGUGUGUUUUAUCGGGGUUCCUUUUUUGUUUGUCACUUGAUAUUGUGUUCUCACCUUGAAACUUCAGUGUGUUUUUUUUUUUUUUUUUUUUUGAAUAAGGCAAAUCUCGAGUAAGAAAGCAAAACCCAGACAGAACUGUAUUUCUGAAAAACGUCAGAUGGUUAUCGUGUUUCUUUUUGCCACAUGCAUCAUGUUCAGUUUUGGGGGGAAGGGUCAUUGGAUGCCAGAUUUUGAAAGUUGUUUUUUUUUUUUUAACCACUUCUUUCAUUUAUGCGCACACUCAUUAGCAUGCACGUGUCCGCCCACGCACGCACACACAUGCAUGCUGGUGCAUCUACGUGUACGCACAUGUGAGAUAGCUGUACAUCACAACUCUUGUUCAUGACCCUAGCACAACAGCCAGAAAGAGUGGAUUCGUAGCACUCUACUACUACUACUGUACACAAGAGUGUUUCCUUAUUAUUUAGUCUUUUAUCUCCACUGAUGUGUGCUGUUCUCUACCGUACUGCUUGCCAGUUUCUCUGACCACUGUACAGGUAUUUUGUAAUUGGCUGUAUACCAAACUUGCUCACAUGUACAGGUGUAAUAAAUGUAGACAUUUAUUCAGCAAUAAA